GAUUUAUCGUACAUUGUUUUUAAGUUCAGUCGACGUAAGAAAAGUAAAGAAGUAACGUGCAAGGAUCAUUUCUAUUUAAAUAGAAAUUAAUAAUCAAACUAAAUAAACUUUUAUUUUUUCUGAAGAUUUAUUAGAAAUUAAGAAAAAUGGGAGAACGUAAAGGCACAAAUUUAUAUUAUCCACCUGAUUACGAUCCUCGUGUUGGUGGACUUAAUAAAUUUCUUGGAACUCAUGCAUUACGUGAAAGAGCACGUAAAUUACACAUGGGUAUUCUUAUUGUUAGAUUUGAAAUGCCAUACAAUAUAUGGUGCGAUGGAUGUAAUAAUCAUAUAGGAAUGGGUGUUCGUUAUAAUGCCGAAAAAAAAAAAAUUGGAAUGUAUUAUAGUACACCUUUAUAUCAAUUUCGUAUGAAAUGUCAUCUUUGUGACAAUCAUUUUGAAAUAAAAACUGAUCCAGCAAAUUUAGAUUAUGUAAUAGUGAGUGGUGCAAGACGUCAAGAAAAUCGAUGGGAUCCUAAAGAAAAUGAACAGAUUGUACCAGAAACAAAAGAAGUAUCUUGUAGAUUAUAUGAUGAUGCUAUGUAUAAAUUAGAACAUGGUAUAGAAGAUAAGAAAAUAGCAAAAUCACGAGAUUCUUCUUUGGAAUCUGCAAUAGCACUAAAUGAUGCUACAUGGAAAGAUGAUUAUACUUCAAAUUGUGCAUUGCGAACUGCAUUUAGAACACGAAAAAAAGAAUUGCAAAAAAAACAAAGUUUGGAUCAAAUAUUGCUUAAAAAAAGUGGAUUAAACAUUGAUUUAGUUAAUGAACAUGAAGAAGAUAUAAAAUUAGCUAAAUUAUUAAUGUAUAAAAAAGAUACAAAAAAAAGUAUACAUAAUCCUUUGAAACGAUUAAUUACUAUUGUACGAUCUAGAGAUAAAGUAAAAAGUUUGCCAUAUACUGUAAAUCAUAGUAUUAAAAAACAAACAAAUCAAACACCUAAACUUCCUGAGUUUAAUCAACAAAAAACUCCGACAUCGAAAAUUACUAGUACGUUAAAUACAUCGCUAGUUACUUAUGAUAGUUCUGAUACGGAUAAUGAUUCAUAGUAUUCUGUAUUUAAAAUAAAAAAAUUACACAUGUAUCUAAUAUAAUAUAAUUUAUAAUUAUUUGAUAAAUAUAUAUAUAUAAUAUAUAUGAAAAUAAUAAUAUUAUUAAUGAAAAUAACAGUAUAUAUUAAGGAAUAAUGUAAUAAAAUAUUAAAUAAAAAUAUAUUUGUUUAUAAUGGA